CCCCCCGCCCCCCGGUAACGCUCGCGCGGUGUCGCCGGGGCGGGAGAAGCCGACGGGCACCGGGACGGGACGGGCAGCGGGGCCGGGGCCGGGACCCCCCUGCAGCACCCAGCGCGAUGUGGCCGCUGCGCCUGGGCAGGGCCCUGCAGCGCUGUGCUGGCUGGGCAGGCAGCAGCCAACGGGCACAGCGUGGCACAGCCGCGGCACCGGCCACCGGGCACGUGCCCAGCUGGACGGGGCAGGAGAGUCUGGCUGAGAGUGACCCUGAGCUCUGGGCCCUGGUGCAGAAGGAGAAGGAUCGACAGUGCAGGGGGCUGGAGCUCAUCGCCUCCGAGAAUUUCUGCAGCAAGGCAGCACUGGAAGCUCUGGGCUCCUGCCUCAACAACAAGUACUCAGAGGGGUACCCUGGCAAGAGGUACUAUGGAGGAGCCGAGGUGGUGGAUCAGAUCGAGCUGCUGUGUGAGCAACGAGCUCUGGAGGCGUUUGACCUGGAUCCUGCCCUCUGGGGUGUCAAUGUUCAGCCUUACUCAGGCUCUCCAGCCAACUUUGCAGCCUACACAGCCCUGCUGCAGCCCCACGACCGCCUCAUGGGGCUGGACCUGCCUGAUGGGGGCCACCUCACCCAUGGCUACAUGUCAGAUGUCAAGAGGAUCUCAGCCACAUCCAUCUUCUUCGAGUCCAUGCCCUACAAGCUGGAUCCGUCCUCGGGGCUGAUCGACUACGAGCAGCUGGAGCUGACGGCGCGGCUGUUCCGGCCGCGGCUGGUGGUCGCCGGCACCAGCGCCUACGCUCGCCUCAUCGACUACGGCCGCAUCAAGAAGGUGUGUGAGGAGCUGAAGGCAUACCUGCUGGCAGACAUGGCUCACAUCAGUGGGCUGGUGGCAGCCAAGGCCAUCCCCUCGCCCUUCGAACACGCCGACCUGGUCACCAGCACCACGCACAAGACCCUGCGCGGCGCCAGGUCAGGGCUGAUCUUCUACCGCAAAGGCGUGCGCUGGGUGGAUCCCAGGACGGGCAAAGAGACUCUGUACGACCUGGAGGACAGGAUCAACUUUGCUGUGUUCCCAUCCCUGCAGGGGGGGCCCCACAACCACGCCAUCGCUGCUGUGGCCGUGGCCCUCAAGCAGGCCAGAUCUCCAGCCUUCCGCCAGUACUGCCAGCAGGUGCUGAGCAACGCCAAAGCCAUGGCACAGGCGCUGCUGCAGCGCGGCUACACCCUGGUGUCAGGUGGCACUGACAACCACUUGGUGCUGGUGGACCUGAGGCCCAAGGGCAUCGAUGGGGCACGGGCAGAGCGGGUGCUGGAGCUGGUGUCCAUCACUGCCAACAAGAACACGUGCCCAGGGGACAGGAGUGCCCUCACGCCCGGGGGGCUGCGCCUGGGUGCCCCAGCCCUCACGUCCCGCAGCUUUCGGGAGGAGGAUUUCCAGCAGGUCGUGGCUUUCCUUGACGAGGGCAUCUCCCUGGCCCUGGAUGUCAAGAGCAAAACCACCAAGCUCCAGGACUUCAAGACCUUCCUGCUGCAGGACACGGAGACCCAGCAGCGCCUGGCUGAGCUGAGGCAGCGUGUGGAGACCUUUGCUCGUGCCUUCCCCAUGCCUGGCUUCAGUGACCACUGAGCCUGCCAGGCCAGGGCUCCCCAGGCUCCUGGGGGGGCUUAAACCCACCCUCUGCAUCCUCACCCACCCCCCUCCCCAGCACCUUUGCUCUCAGUGUUAAGGAACAGAGGCCCCAGGGAGUCUCUGCUCUGUCCCAGCAGUUCUGGCACUUUUCUACAGGGGAUGGGGGGCUUGCUAAUAAAACGAGGCAGAUCCUGC